AUGCGGCUGGGAUUGGUGGUGCUGGCAAUGAUCUUUCUCAGCUCCAUGGGUCACAGUGACGUUCUCAAGCUCUCCAAGGCGAGAAGGCAGAGACGGGUUAGUACUGAGGGACCACUAUCUUGUCCCAAAGGCUGUGACCGAUGCUCUGAGUACAAUGGCUGCAUUAAAUGUAAGCCAAAGCUCUUUAUCUUUCUGGAGCGCAAUGACAUCCGUCAGAUAGGAGUGUGCCUCGCCUCCUGUCCCAUGGGAUACUUUGGCAUGAGGAACCCAGAGGGCAAUAACCGAUGCACACAGUGUAAAAUAGACAAUUGUGAAGCAUGUUUCAAUCGCAAUUUUUGCACAAAAUGUAAGGAGGGCUUAUAUUCACACAGCGGGCGAUGUUAUGUGAGCUGCCCUCCAGGCCAGCACACUGCCAAUGAGACCAUGGAGUGCGUUGGUCAGCGUGCGUCGGAGUGUGAACUGGGAGAAUGGAGCCAGUGGAGUUCCUGCAUGAAGAAGAACAAAACAUGCGAAUUUAAGCGAGGCUCCCAGUCCCGAGUUCGUUUACCCCUUCCUCAGACUCACAGUGUGGACAGCUCCCCUUCCUUUGUGCUCGCGCAGACCUGUGUGCCAGAGACUGAAAGGAGGAAGUGCGUCGUGACCAAGAAGCCUUGUGUGAGAGAACUGAGGGUGUCCCCUGCCUUUCGCACAGUGAAGGCUUCACAUGGGCACCAGUCACCCCCGUGA